ACACCACCGAGAGACACUUCAUCAUUAACACGUAAAAAUGGGACGAAUACCGGGCCGAUUGCCGUUCUUCCUGGAAACGUUCGCUCAGUCAUCAAUCAAGUCGCAUGGAUCUCGCAUUCACCCAGAAAGAUUCAACAGCACAUCGAAUAAGGUACCCGACAUGAAAGCCCAUCAGACCAGGGAGGUUAUUUUCUCGGGCAUCCAACCGACGGGCGUUCCUCAUAUUGGUAAUUACGUCGGAGCGUUGCAGAAUUGGAUCAGACUACAAGAGCUAAAAAAGGAAGGCAAAAAGGAAAUGGAUUUGUACUAUUCGAUCGUUGGAUUACACGCUAUCACCCUCCCACGAGAUCCACUCCAACUAAAGAAAGAAAGGUUUGAAAUGAUGUGUGUUUUGUUGGCUAUCGGACUUGACCCUGCACAUUGCUGCUUGUUCAAUCAAGACCAGGUACCAGCUCACAGUGAAAUGGCAUGGAUUCUGAACUGCAUCGCUCCAGUUGGUAGAUUGAAUCGAAUGACGACAUGGAAAUCCCAAAUCGCGACGUCCAAAAACUCCAAUUCGCUAUCAGAAGUCGAUGACAGCAUGUUACAUCUUGGUCUCUUGGCAUAUCCCGUCCUACAAUCAGCAGACAUCUUACUAUACAAAUCAACUCAGGUCCCCGUUGGUGAAGAUCAAAUUCAACACCUCGAACUGACCAAGGUCUUAGCAAAAGCUCUCAACAAACAAACCAAGAACAAAAACCUAUUUCCUCUGCCUCAGGGAAUCUACACACGGCAAAGCAAGAUUCUCAACCUAAGGAAUCCAACGAUGAAAAUGUCAAAAUCAAAUCCAAGCGAUCUCACAAAAAUAUUGAUAACGGAUACACCUGAAGAGAUCCGGAAAAAGAUCAAGUCGGCGGUCACUGACUCCAUAGAGAGUAUCAGAUAUGAUCCUGAGAACCGGCCGGGGAUCAGCAAUUUACUAGACAUUUACCAGUCGAUCUCUGGCCAAGAACUCGAGCAAGUCCAGAGACGAUUCCAAGACAAGUCGGUUGUCGAUCUCAAAUCCGAAUUAAUCGAGCUCCUCAUCGAACAUUUCAGACCGUUCAACGCCGAGUUCAGCCGGCUCGUAAAUUCCCGUGAAGAUGUCGAGAAGAUCUAUCUUGCCGGCUCCCAAAAGGCCGCUGCUGUGGCCAAUCUUACUUUGUCUCAGGUCAAAAAACACAUUGGCCUGGAUUGAUUUCUCACGUAUAUGUUCUUGUUUGGUUCUAUGCUUGCAAUUCAAUGGGUUGCCAAUUCACCAGAUAGGUGAAGGAUCUCACAUAGUUUCCAUUUACAUUUCCCUGCACUCUUUGUCGUGAUAUUUCAUGAGGGAAACCAACUUCUGUAUCACAGUGCAGAUUUCCCCCUUGGUGA